AUGGCUACAUACAAGCUUGUGCCCAAUUGCACGGUAGACGAUGCCGUAGGUCUUGCCAACUCCAACAUGACAGCUUUUUGGGGCGAGCCUUGGUGGAACAUGAAUUGGGACAAGCCUCUCGCUGCGAUCAUCGAGUCUGCUUCGGCCAGAAUGCCAACCAAUCUCCUCAAAGACAGAAAUGUAAGACGGCAUCAGAAAGUCAUAGAUACGUCAACCGGACAAAUUGUCGGCUAUGCUAGAUGGAUAUUACCGGAGUCGCAUGCAGAUUCCUGGCUCGAUGCCCAAGUCCCAGACGUAAGUGAGCAGGACAAGGCUCGCUUCCAGACAGCCUUCGAGGCAGCAGACUGGGCCAUCCGACCCGAAGUUCACGAUUCAGAUGAUCUUGUUCUGGAGCAAUUUCAUAAGCAUACCCCUAAAGGGCCGUACAUGAAGCUCGAUUACCUGGGAGUGCAUCCUGACCAUCAUCGCCGAGGAAUCGGUAGCAUGCUUGUUAAGUCUGGUGUAGAACAAGGUGAUCAAUUAGGUGUAUAUUUGUAUAUGAUUGCCAUGGGGCAGAAAGCAGUCGACAUGUAUACGAAGCUGGGUUUCGAGGAGCUGGAUAGUCUAAAACAGGAUAUGACUAAAUGGGGCCGCGAUGGGAGUUAUGACACUUGGAUCUUGGUAAAGCAUCCCAGAAUCCAGUGA